CUUGAAACUACGAAGUACGUCCAUGCAACGUACUUGGAUCAUUGUGUUGUUGAAAAUAUCCGCUCAGACCCUCAGUACCUUCAGGCUGACGGUUGCAAUGUCGUUGAAAGAUAUAAAUGUGUCGUACGCUGAAAUCUUCUCAAGGCCCCAUUGGGUGUUGUCCAUACAGCCAAUUUCGGGAAUCGCGGGCCUCGCGGGCUAUUUCGGGGCGCUUAUGGAGCUGGGGCGUCGUGAUGCAUUAACAGUGGGCUUGAUACCAUUGUUCUAAGAUCUGAGCGUGGACAUGACAAGCGAGUUUAUAUUGGGGGAUUCCCUAGGCGCACUAGCUUCGCCAGAUGCCCACCAGGAAUUGAUGGAUGCAGAAUUUGAUACUCACGAGAGGCUGUCGAGUGCGGCUUAUGCUUGGUCGAAGUCAGUUAUUCUGCACCGUGACCCGAAGUGGUGGCCUGAUAGUAACACAGGUCACAAUAUCCUCGACAAACGCGUCGAUGAAGCGCUGGUUCAAUGGGGAAAGGCAAGACGAUGGAGCUCGGCGACAAGAAAGGAUGUCUUCGGCAAAUCGACGAGAUGUAUUUCCAGCGGCGGAGGAAAAGGCGAGAGGUUUCCUCUCUACCUACAAAAAGAAGACACCGUUGAGAUGAAUUUCAGAUGCAUAUUGCGAGAUAAAGCCUUCUGGGGAGAGGACGAUGAUGCAUUCUGGUCGGAGAUGUGGGAAACCUCCAAGUUCGCUUGGGGGCACACGCCAUUCGGUGGUGGUCCACGCAUAUGCCCAGGUUAUCGUCUUGCCUUUGUGGAAGUGGCGUAUGUGAUGGUCAUUAUUCUUCGAAAGUUUGAACAACUGGAAAGUCGUAACAAUAGACCAUGGACAGAGGAGACAAGGACGCCGUUUCAGAACUUGCAAGGAGCCGAGGUUGCACUGUUUUUUGCUUAG